AACAAAUGUUCCAAUAUUCUGAAGAAUUCAGGAAUCGCUCACUGUUAAAAAUGUGGAUAGGACCAUUGCCUCAUUUGUUACUGUAUCACUCUGACACUGUGGAGGUUAUUCUGAGCAGUUCAAAGCUUAUAGAUAAAUCCUCUUUAUACACAUUUGUACAUCCAUGGCUUGGCACAGGACUCCUGACAAGCACUGGAGAUAAAUGGCGGACCAGGAGAAAAAUGAUAACACCCACCUUCCACUUCACAAUCUUGACUGAUUUUCUAGAAGUCAUGAAUGAACAAGCCAAUAUUUUGGUUGAGAAAUUUAAAAAACAUGUUGACAAAGAACCAUUUGAUUGCUUUCUAGACAUUACUCUGUGCGCCCUGGAUAUAAUCUGUGAAACUGCAAUGGGCAAGAAUAUUGGUGCACAGAACAAUAAGGAUUCAGAAUAUGUCCGUGCUGUUUACAAGAUGACUGAUUUGAUUCACCGGAGACAGAAGACACCUUGGCUUUGGCCUGAUUUUUUAUAUGCUUUGUUCCAAGAAGGAAAGCAGAGUGACAGAACUCUCAAGAUCCUUCACAGUUUUACAGACAAGGUUAUUGUAGAAAAAGCCAAUGAGAUGAAGAACCACCAAGGAAGUAAAUGUGACUUCGUUGACAGCUGCAAAUCAAGUGAAUCAAAAAAGAGAAGAGCUUUCCUUGACAUGCUUCUGAAUGCAACUGAUGAGGAAGGGAACAAACUGAGCUACCUAGAUAUUCGAGAGGAAGUGGACACUUUCAUGUUUGAGGGCCAUGAUACAACAGCUGCUGGUCUGAACUGGUCCAUAUACUUACUUGCAAGUUAUCCAGAAGUCCAGAAGAAAGUGCACAGGGAACUGGAUGAAGUGUUUGGUGACUCUGACCGUCCUGCCACAAUGGGGGAUUUGAAGGAGCUACGCUAUCUUGAGUGUGUUAUUAAGGAAACCCUUCGUCUAUUCCCUUCAGUGCCUUUCUUUGCCCGGACCUUGAAUCAAGAUUGCUUUAUUAGCCAGCGCUUUGCACUGAUGGAAGAGAAAGCUGUUCUAGCCAUCCUCCUACGCCACUUCUGGUUGGAAACAUAUCAAAAGCGUGAAGAGCUUGUCCUGGCAGGAGAUUUGAUUCUUCGGCCAAGUAAUGGCAUCUGGAUCCAGCUGAAGAGAAGAAGAACUCACAUGGCUGAGAAGAAAGUUUCAAGAGUUUAGAUCCCUGUAUAUAUAAAAUAUUUCAGAACCUCCUAGUUCUUUCCUUCCACUACAUUCAGAACCACAGUCAAAAGGUUACUGUUCCAUCCCCAUUCUGAAAAUCAAAUCACUUUCAGACAUCUAAUUAUUUCAUAGCCUUACUUGACAGCCUGGGUUUUCUUUCAUUGGAGUACUAUUCCUGGUACGUUGUGAAAUGGACGUAUUCAUAGAAAGUGACUAAUUAUUCUCACCCUAAAGAAUAAGAACUAACUCAUACAUAACCUACCCACUCUCCCAAGGGUAAUAUUAUUGAGGUUGUCUUCUAACCAUAGUUUCUAAAUGACAAGAUGCCAUUACUCACUCACUUACAGAUUCAUUUGCCAAAUGUACUGUAUCUUAAAUGAGGG